GAGCCAACCGACUCGAGCACAUUCGCUUAGAAGUCAAAACCAACAGUCCGUUAAAUCUCUCUUUGAGUUACAUCAGGAUUAAUAGGAACUAUCAUAUUCCACAGUCUAGACAUAUGUUCAUUUAGAGGUUUUCGCUUACGCGGCCGGUGACAGUGUUUAGUAACGCCUGACUGAGCUCGAAGCGCCUGAGUGAUUUUUGGAAAGGAAAAAUACACACGGAUCGACGGGUCGCCCGGAAUGGCUCACACCACGAAGCAAGGACACGGAGGGGUUAACCAACUCGGAGGGUUGUUCGUUAAUGGAAGGCCACUACCUGAUGUUGUUCGACAGAGAAUUGUUGAGUUGGCUCAGAGUGGAGUGCGGCCAUGUGACAUAUCGCGACAGUUGAGGGUUUCUCACGGCUGUGUGAGCAAGAUUUUGUGCAGAUUCUACGAGACUGGCUCCAUUCGGCCGGGUGUUAUCGGUGGAAGCAAGCCCAAGGUAGCAACAGGUCCCGUCGUUAAUAAGAUCGCGGACUACAAGCGAGCAAAUCCGACUAUGUUCGCUUGGGAGAUUCGGGAUCGACUUCUGAGCGAAGGUGUAUGCACAACUGACAAUGUUCCCAGUGUCAGCUCUAUUAACAGAAUUGUUAGAAAUCGUAUCAACAGCGGCGAUAAAAUGAGCCCGACAAAAGACGAAGUCUCUAACGGUGGAGAUGUAAAAGUUGAAAGCGGUGUUCAUAUGCCGCGGACUUCGUAUUCAAUCAGCGGAAUUCUUGGAAUGGGACCUCAUCAAGCGAAUUCUGUUCCACCCAGCAAGAGGAAGCACUCAGUUGAGAGUACAGAAAGCACAGGGAGUCAUUCUGAAGAGGAAGUACAAGCAGAAGGAGAUGCAACUUCACCAACAGAUAUUCAUGGUCGCAAGAUAAUACGCCGUCAACGCACUACCUUCUCUGGAGAACAGAUUGAACAACUUGAAAAGACUUUUGAGAAGACACACUAUCCAGAUGUGUUUACGCGUGAAAAGCUUGCACAAGAUGUUGAUCUUUCUGAGGCAAGGAUUCAGGUUUGGUUCUCCAAUCGCCGAGCCAAGUGGAGGAAGCAAGAAAAAGUGCCUCCUCUUGGAAGUCCCACAGCAGCAAGUCCUGCCCAGACUGUGCCAACAACUUUUAUUAACACAGCCAAUGGAUAUCCCACCACUGUUAUCAGCCCUCCUCCUAACCAACCAACCCCAGUUCAAGAUGACAACAUUCACUCACAUCAGUACGGUCAAGUCCAUGAUGAUGCUCCAGUGAAAGCAGAAUUGACAGAACUGAAACCAGUGUCUGAUCCCAGCCUGACAACCAUGCACACCACCAUGGGCAUCCCAAACCUAGCCCCACCCCCGCCUCAACAGCAAUCUUAUGACAUGAUGCGACCUUCAGGAGUGCCAACGCACAGCCCAACAUUUAUUGCUGUGCCAAGCGGCAACCUAGUGCAAUCAUCUCAUCCCAUGUCAAAUGGGCAGGGGUACACCAUGCGCCUCAGUGACCACACCCAGUCACAGCCAAUUAGUAGUAACAGUUCCUCAGUUGGAUAUUCUACUGUUGGCCAAAGUGUUAUGACAACUUCGCCCUCCUAUGCAUCACGUAGCCAAAUACAGUAUCAGCGUGUUAUCACAAGUGGUGGUGGUGAUGUUGGCCAAGCCACCUCACCCCCAGCUGGAAACACAGCCCCUGGCUAUGUGCUUCCUCCUGUGAGCACACUCACUAAAGGUCAGAUCCCAGGAGAUAUGACAGGCCAAUUCCCCCCAGCGAGUUAUGCUCAAGCCCCAUACCCUGAUCAGUGGAUCCCGUAUGCACCCCAGGGUUUCAUUGGAAGGCCAACAGUGUUCCUUCCUGCCAACUGGACUGCUCCAGCUCCCCCUCCAAGAAUGUCAAGCACAAAACUAAGCACCUCGGCAUGAAGAUAAAUUUAAGGUGGCACUCCACAAUUUUGCUUCAUGUCUGUGUCAUCACCAGUGUUGUUGUGAAGUAUGGUGAAGCAAGCAUUAAGGCUUUAGUAUUUGAAUUCAUGUGUGCUAGAUGCAGGAAUUGUUUUGGAAAGCAAAACCUGCAAAUGUAUCAAAUAUAUCAUUCAGUGGUUGAUGUAAUCAAUCUGUGUGUGUAUCUCUCAUUUGGGAAGUGUUUCAAACAUAUCCUCUGUGUGAUGGAGGAUUUCAUGAAAUGUAACAAUAAUUAUGCUAAUCAUUAGCAACUUUAAGAAAUUUUGUAGAGUUAAGCUAUAAUAAUUUUUUUAUUUUGGUUUAUACUGUAAUCUAUUUUUGUAUACACACAUCGCACUUCCGAGAAGGUCGUUGCUCAAUUUUUGGUUCAAAACCACAUGGAAAUUGUUCUUAAGCAGACAUGUAUUUUUGUUUGUAAAGUAACCUUGUAGCUUAAGAUUAUGGUGAAAUGAAAGUAACCCAACUCAAAGAAAUGUUUGAUAAAUUAUGAUACUCAGUUUUCAAGGGAUCAAUUUGAUCCAUCAUGAAGGGGAACAUGAAUUGUACCCUUAUCUUAUCCAGCUGGAUACUGGCAGACUUAGCGAUGGGUUGACAGCAUUGUUGACUAAUGUUUAUACAUAUAGAUGAUAAUCUUGUUUAGAAAUUGAAUCCAAUUGUAAGUGAAUCCUCAUCACUCACACACUUCCAUGCAGUUAUUUUGCAUGGGAUAGGCUUAGUUGUCUAGAUUGAAAUUUGUUAUUAAGGGAAAUUAGCAUACGUGUAUGUAGACAUUACUUCAAAGAUGUAAUUCUUAUUUUAUUCAUUAGCUCUGUCACUUUGAGGAUGUUAUGUCACAAAAACAGAAGCACUUGUUCAUCCUCCUGUAGUUUUUGAAAUUAUUACAUAUGAAAAUCACAGAUUUAGUACUCCAAUGGCAAAAUUAAUUCUUGAAAAACGUAAAAUUACCAAUCCACAAAAUUCAUCUGUUACCAAAUAGCUAUCAUCAUAAAGAGAUCAUGUUGUAAGAAGACAUGAAGAUUCUGGCUGAAGAAAACUUUUUCCUUUGACACUUUUUGAACCAAUACAGUCCUUUAAAAGUUAUGUGAUGUAACAUCUUUACUGCUAUCAGAGAUUAAACAGACUGGACAAACGUAAACUUCUUAUAACCCAUUAUGUAUUACGACUUGUGAACAUUUAACUAUGAGAAGUAUCAGGAAUGGAAGGAAGGAAAGAAGUGAUGUAAGGUUUAACAUGUUUUGGUCAGAAUUAAAUUUAUGUUCCUUCCUUAAAUUUUGGAAUCUUGAUGUUAAACAGGGUUGCUAAUAUGCAUGUGUGUUUAAUUGUAAAUAUUGCAUCUGUUAGAUUACCACAAGAUUAUGGGCUGGUGUAAAAUGAACGAGUGAAUGAAAAUCUCAUUGUACUCUUUUAAGUGUUCCUGAUUUCAAUGAUGCUUGAAGAAUGCAGUGAAAGAAUAAGUUAUCAGAAGUCAGUCUUCAUUGCUGUGUUAACAGUACUGGCGAUAAUCCGGUUUCAGAAAUAGGUGGUACCAAGCUUUCCAAAGCAAUUUGAACAGACCAGGAUAAAUAUGCAUUUAGUUAUCGAAAAUUGUUGGAGGAAAUUAUCUUUUAUACAUUUUUGAUAUGCAAAUUUUGCAGUGUAAUUUUUUAUAUAAUGUAUAUUAUUAUUUUUUUGUAGUUUUGAUAUAACUGCAAGGGCAUUUUUCUACCUUUGGUGAAAUACUCCUAGGAAAAUUUUUGUAGGCGCAGAACAAAUAGUAUUUUUUCCAAGUCAAUUUAUAGUACUCUCUUGUACGUGUAUGCACUAUUUAAUAAGCACUGCGGUAUGUAUUUAAAGGGUACAUUAGUUGGUUUGUUAAUAAAAGUUUGUACUUUUUGAA